AUGAAAUCGCUCGAGGGCGGCGGCGGCGAGGGUGGAGACGAGGGCGGCGGCGGCGAGGGAGGCGGCGACGGGGGCGGCGCGGCUGGAGGCGAGGGCGAGAGCGGCGGCAUCCCGGACGGCGGCGGGGGCGAGGGCGGCGGCGGGGCGGGCGGCGGCGGCGAGGGUGGCGGCGACGGAGGCGGCAGCGGCGGCGGGUGGGAGGGCGGCGGCGGCGAGGGAGGAGACGAGGGCGGUGGUGGGGAGGGCGGCUGCGACGGGGGAGGCGUCGAGGGCGGGGGUGAGGGCGGAGGCGGCGUCGGGGGCUGCGAUGGUGGCGGCGGCGUGGGGGGCGGCGAGGGCGGGGGCGGCGAGGGCGGUGACGAGGGCGGCGGAGCCGAGGGCGGCGUCGGGGCGGGCGGCGGCGGCGAGGGUGGCGGCGACGGAGGCGGCAGCAGCGGCGGGCGGGAGGGCGGCGGAGGCGAGGGCGGAGACGAGGGCGGCGGUGGGGAGGGCGGCUGCGACGGGGGAGGCGGCGAGGGCGGGGGUGAGGGCGGAGGCGGCGUCGGGGGCUGCGAUGGUGGCGGCGGCGUGGGGGGCGGCGAGGGCGGGGGCGGCGAGGGCGGUGACGAGGGCGGCGGCGGCGAGGGUGGCGGCGAGGGCGGCGGCGGCGAGGGUGGAGACGAGGGCGGCGGCGGCGAGGGCGGCGGCGACGGGGGCGGCGCGGCUGGAGGCGAGGGCGAGAGCGGCGGCAUGCCAGACGGCGGCGGGGGCGAGGGCGGCGGCGGGGCGGGCGGCGGCGGCGAGGGUGGCGGCAACGGAGGCGGCAGCGGCGGCGGGUGGGAGGGCGGCGGCGGCGAGGGCGGAGACGAGGGCGGCGGUGGGGAGGGCGGCUGCGACGAAGGGGGCGGAGAGAACGGCUGUGAUGGUGAUGGUUUCGAUGGUGGUGGGGAAGGGGGCGGUGGUGACGGAGGCGGGGGCAGCGGUGAAGGAGCUAGCGGAGGCGGAGGCGAGGGUGGCGGCGGCGAGGGUGGUGGCGGCGAGGGUGGAGACGAGGGCGGCGGCGGCGAGGGCGGCGGCGACGGGGGCGGCGCGGCUGGAGGCGAGGGCGAGAGCGGCGGCAUGCCGGACGGCGGCGGAGGCGAGGGCGGCGGCGGGGCGGGCGGCGGCGGCGAGGGUGGCGGCGACGGAGGCGGCAGCGGCGGCGGGUGGGAGGGCGGCGGCGGCGAGGGCGGAGACGCGGGCGGCGGUGGGGAGGGCGGCUGCGACAGUGGAGGUGGCGAGGGCGGGGGUGAGGGCGGAGGCGGCGUCGGGGGCUGCGAUGGUGGCGGCGGCGUGGGGGGCGGCGAGGGCGGGGGCGGCGAGGGCGGUGACGAGGGCGGCGGCGGCGAGGGUGGCGGCGAGGGCGGCGGCGGCGAGGGUGGAGACGAGGGCGGCGGCGGCGAGGGCGGCGGCGACGGGGGCGGCGCGGCUGGAGGCGAGGGCGAGAGCGGCGGCAUGCCGGACGGCGGCGGGGGCGAGGGCGGCGGCGGGGCGGGCGGCGGCGGCGAGGGUGGCGGCGACGGAGGCGGCAGCGGCGGCGGGUGGGAGGGCGGCGGCGGCGAGGGAGGAGACGAGGGCGGCGGUGGGGAGGGCGGCUGCGACGGGGGAGGCGGCGAGGGCGGGGGUGAGGGCGGAGGCGGCGUCGGGGGCUGCGAUGGUGGCGGCGGCGUGGGGGGCGGCGAGGGCGGGGGCGGCGAGGGCGGUGACGAGGGCGGCGGCGGCGAGGGUGGCGGCGAGGGCGGCGGCGGCGAGGGCGGCGGCGACGGGGGCGGCGCGGCUGGAGGCGAGGGCGAGAGCGGCGGCAUGCCGGACGGCGGCGGGGGCGAGGGCGGCGGCGGGGCGGGCGGCGGCGGCGAGGGUGGCGGCGACGGAGGCGGCAGCGGCGGCGGGUGGGAGGGCGGCGGCGGCGAGGGCGGAGACGAGGGCGGCGGUGGGGAGGGCGGCUCCAACGGGGGAGGCGGCGAGGGCGGGGGUGAGGGCGGAGGCGGCGUCGGGGGCUGCGAUGGUGGCGGCGGCGUGGGGGGCGGCGAGGGCGGGGGCGGCGAGGGCGGUGACGAGGGCGGCGGCGGCGAGGGCGGCGGCGAGGGCGGCGGCGGCGAGGGUGGAGACGAGGGCGGCGGCGGCGAGGGCGGCGGCGACGGGGGCGGCGCGGCUGGAGGCGAGGGCGAGAGCGGCGGCAUGCCGGACGGCGGCGGGGGCGAGGGCGGCGGCGGGGCGGGCGGCGGCGGCGAGGGUGGCGGCGACGGAGGCGGCAGCGGCGGCGGGUGCGAGGGCGGCGGCGGCGAGGGCGGAGACGAGGGCGGCGGUGGGGAGGGCGGCUGCGACGGGGGAGGCGGCGAGGGCGGGGGUGAGGGCGGAGGCGGCGUCGGGGGCUGCGAUGGCGAGGGCGAGAGCGGCGGCAUGCCGGACGGCGGCGGGGGCGAGGGCGGCGGCGGGGCGGGCGGCGGCGGCGAGGGUGGCGGCGACGGAGGCGGCAGCGGCGGCGGGUGGGAGGGCGGCGGCGGCGAGGGCGGAGACGAGGGCGGCGGUGGGGAGGGCGGCUCCAACGGGGGAGGCGGCGAGGGCGGGGGUGAGGGCGGAGGCGGCGUCGGGGGCUGCGAUGGUGGCGGCGGCGUGGGGGGCGGCGAGGGCGGGGGCGGCGAGGGCGGUGACGAGGGCGGCGGCGGCGAGGGCGGCGGCGAGGGCGGCGGCGGCGAGGGUGGAGACGAGGGCGGCGGCGGCGAGGGCGGCGGCGACGGGGGCGGCGCGGCUGGAGGCGAGGGCGAGAGCGGCGGCAUGCCGGACGGCGGCGGGGGCGAGGGCGGCGGCGGGGCGGGCGGCGGCGGCGAGGGUGGCGGCGACGGAGGCGGCAGCGGCGGCGGGUGGGAGGGCGGCGGCGGCGAGGGCGGAGACGAGGGCGGCGGUGGGGAGGGCGGCUCCGACGGGGGAGGCGGCGAGGGCGGGGGUGAGGGCGGAGGCGGCGUCGGGGGCUGCGAUGGUGGCGGCGGCGUGGGGGGCGGCGAGGGCGGGGGCGGCGAGGGCGGUGACGAGGGCGGCGGCGGCGAGGGCGGCGGCGAGGGCGGCGGCGGCGAGGGUGGAGACGAGGGCGGCGGCGGCGAGGGCGGCGGCGACGGGGGCGGCGCGGCUGGAGGCGAGGGCGAGAGCGGCGGCAUGCCGGACGGCGGCGGGGGCGAGGGCGGCGGCGGGGCGGGCGGCGGCGGCGAGGGUGGCGGCGACGGAGGCGGCAGCGGCGGCGGGUGGGAGGGCGGCGGAGGCGAGGGCGGAGACGAGGGCGGCGGUGGGGAGGGCGGCUGCGACGGGGGAGGCGGCGAGGGCGGGUGUGAGGGCGGAGGCGGCGUCGGGGGCUGCGAUGGUGCCGGCGGCUUGGGGGGCGCCAAGGGCGGAGACGACGCCGGCCCUGGUUAG